CUACAGCGAACUGCUUUCUGUGCAGCCCCAAUGCUGAUAUGACCAAUGAGGACAGCCCCUUAAUCUGGAAUUGCUGACGUCUUGCAGAGCAGCUGGAAGAGCAUAGGCCAAGGACGAACACUGAAUCUGAUCUGCGCCGUUUGUCAGAGGCUAUAUAGGACCCCAUGUUCUCACCACUUUGUUCGUCUUGAGCCCAGGAUCAUCGGGAGAAGGAAUAUAGCCACAACUUAGCCAUUGCUAUGGGAAAGUGGCAGGAAAUGACAAAGGAGGAAUUGGAAACUCAAUAUUCCCCUAGCAGGUGGUCUCCACGGCUGGAUAAGGAUGUUGUGAUUGAGGCACACACGAAAGCAGUGACUGAAGGUACUCAAAAGGCCCAGGCAUUCACCCAAACUCUGCUGAAUGUCCCCUAUGGCUCCGGUGAGGGAGAGAAACUGGAUGUGUAUCUUCCUAAAAAACAUAUUGAAACCUUUCCUCUGGUGCUCUAUAUUCAUGGUGGCUACUGGCAAUGUUUGAGCAAAGAUGUUUCCGGGUUUGCUGCAUGCCCCCUAGUGAAUCAAGGCAUUGCCUUGGCUGCAGUUGGCUAUGAUGUAGCUCCAAAAGGGCAGCUGGAGAUGAUGGUCGAGCAGGUGCGGCAUAGUGUGGCUUUUGCAGUUCAGCAAUAUACAGGGAUCAGUUGUGUCUACCUGCUUGGGCACUCAGCAGGCGCCCACCUGGCAGCCAUGGUGCUAUCCACAGACUGGGCAAAAUUUGGUGUUCAGCCAAACAUCAAAGGUGUCUUUUUGGUGAGCGGCAUUUAUGAUUUGGAGCCCAUUACGCACACCUAUAUUAAUGAUCCGUUGCACAUGAGCCUUACAGUGGCGCAAGAAAAUAGCCCUUUGUUGCAUGUGCCAAAGGUGAAAGACGAGGUAGCUUGCCAGGUGCUCAUUGCAGUAGCCCAGCAUGACCCACCUGAGUUCCACAGACAGUCUCGGAAGUAUUGUCAGGCUCUUCGUACAGCAGGUUGGAAGGUCUCUUUGCUAGACCUAGCAGGCACAGAUCACUUUGAUGUCAUUGAGAAACUCUCCCAGGAGAACUAUCUCCUCACACAGGUGAUUCUGAACAUGAUUUCAAGUGGCUGAAAGGAACAACAAUCCUGAAAGGAACAACAGCUGUCUGCCUGCUGUGUUCUUCUCCACUGUCUUUCCACUGAACUCCUUUAGGUCAAACAAGGACUGAGCUUCCUGCCCCUUUCUUUUCUCAGCUGCAGAUGUAUUGAGACCAGAGAUAUCACGUGGAACUUUUAAACAGCCCACCUCAGCUCUCACACUGUGACAUCUAUUAUGGCUUCCGAGAUGAAAAGCAAUAAAUAAAACCAGAUCCUGAAUUACAUCUUUAUCAUAGUUGUACAUUACUUGGCCCACUGGAUGUAAUUUGGGAAUGAAUCUGUCAGCAAUACCAAAUUGCUGCAUAAAUUACUUUUCUUUAUUUUGCUUUAGUCUCAAACUGCAGGUUUAUUUUCUUCCCUUUGAACAGCAUCUGCAGAUGAUGUUCUGGGUGCAUUUAAAGCCAUGAUGGUCAGAAUAAUAAAACUAUGAGUUAGCUCAGUGGUAGCUGUUCUUUUUGCUUAUGGCUCCCUAUGCAUUUGAGGACUAUUAUAUGUCUUCAUAAACACUGGAAAGAAUCAUCCAGCCCAUUUUCCUCCUAUCUCAAAGCAAUCUUUGUUAGGAAAUUAUUGGGGCUAAUUUUCAGUUUAGUUUGCAACUGGAUCAAUCUUAGCUAAUCUUUGCAUCUAGAUCAGAGCAAGGACAUAGCCACUCAGUCUAGUUAGCAAAAAUAUAGUUAGUAUCGAUGUAUUAAAUAUUAGCAAACACUAGAAAAAGUUGACCAGCAAAAACUGGAGAAAAAGCAGACAAAGACAGGAAGAGAGAAGAAUAUCAAGCAAGUAUUUACAUUUGUAAUUGGACCUCUAAACUGCAAUUCAGGGCAAGUUUACCAGAGAACAAUGUAAGAGCAAGAAAAAAUAAUAAAUUUUAAAGAGUUAGC